CAGCCAUUCAGCCCUCUAGAUCGCUGAGGUAUAAACUAUCGAUUCUCAACGCUCCCUGUUGCCAUGCUGGGCUAAAUAGUCUUUGGAGAGAAAAGGCAUUUGCCUGUAUAAGGGUUAAACAUGGAAGUAAAAAAGUUUCAUGCCCGUCUUUAUCAAAACUUUCAACAUAAACUCGCUCUAAAAUAGAUGGUAUUUAUGCUCAUAUUCGACCCUUUGCGCUCUUUUUCAUUUCCCGCUAACGUUAGCUUGCUUGCAUCUUUUCGUGUUCUGCGUUUCUUCUACAUGUUUAGCUUGCUAGCUCGACUGGAUUUUAUGCCUGAGAUGUGGACUUGAUCAUGGCCGCACAAGUGGCAACAGCCCCAACAUCAACUGGUAAGAAAAGGUCGAGUUUAACUAGCAGCGUGAGUCAAGAUUUUAAAUCUGCAGUAGUUUGUGGAGCUGUACUUGGGGUAGGAAACGGGACUAUCGUUCAUGCUAUUAAUGUAGAACGCAAUCACCAUGAAUUGAACCCAAACAGAGCUCGAGUUUUUCCUGUAAACAACGAUUCGAGUCAACGUGAGAAGGAAAGUGGAGAUUAUAGAUCGGAGUCUUUUUCGACUUCAAAUUGUAGCAUGAGUUCGGGAAGCAUGGAGACGGGAACGCUUGUCAGUCAUAAAGUGAAAAAUGUUGGGGUCGGAGAUCCUCCUCCAUCGCACCACCACACACCUCCACAGCAACAGCCAUUCAAUCAAUUCAUUCAGCACCAACAACGCCAAAUUCACAACAGCCAGCAGUCGAUACAUGGAGAAAGUGGAAACCGCCAACAUGGAGGAAAAGAGAACGUUGUUUUAGGGAAUCAAGUGGAGCUCCAUCAGCAGCAACAAAUGCUAAAUAAAAGUGAGGAGGAGGACCAACCGGGCAAAACGGAGGACCGGAUUAACAGCAGGUACGACCAUGCCAGUUUGGGAACAACUAAUAACAUCAACCCGUCCCGAAGUGGGAACAGUUCAGUUUUGGAGAUAAAUAAUAUUUAUUAUGGAAAGGGAAGAGGAGGGCCUUGCUUUGAUCAACAUGGCGGACAACAAAGCCCAGGGUCUGGGAUAAUACAUUCGGUUCAACAGAACAAUAUGGAUCAACUUCAACAAAACUCCCACGAAGGAUACCAAAACAACCCGUACAAUCACUACCCGAACUACCGACCUGGCUACGGUAACAGUGGAUAUGGGAUGAUGAGUCCCUCUCGGCACGGGAACAACAUGAUGGGCCCAGUCAGCAACACUGCUGCUGCUAAUCAUAGCAGAGCUGCCAUGGCUGCUGCCUCUUCUUCUGGUAGUGCGAAUAUUGGAGGGUUUCACAGAUUUCCAGGGCAAAGUCAGCAGCAUCCGUCGGGGGCCACCCCGACUCUAAACCAGUUACUGACGUCCCCGAGCCCUAUGAUGCGGGGCUAUGGCAGUGGCUAUCAAGAUUACACUAAUCCUUCUGCUGAACAGCAACAAUCAAGCAUGGGGCUGACUAAAGACUUGAGCUCCCAAUACGGUUCAACAACUCAUAGUUGGGGAGGACAAGAAAGAAAUCACCCUGCCAUGAGCCCUGGAAACAACGGACAAGGAAGCGGCAGAUCACAGGUGCCACCAAUAGACGCCAUGGCGAUGAAGCGCUCUCAGCUGUACGGCAUGGGCAACAACCCUUACUCCCAGCAACAGCAGGGCGGGGGCGGCUCCUACCCUGGCCAACCAUACGGAUCACCUUCUCCUCACCGCUACCCAAUGGGAAUGCCUGGGAGGGGUCAGAUGGGCAUGAGUGGAAUGCAGUAUCCUCAACAGCAGCAGCAGAUGGCAGCUCAGUAUAGGCAGCAGCAGGGGGGCAUGAGUGGGUACUGCCAGCCACAAGGCCAGCCCCCGUACUCCAGCCCUCCCCAGCAGCAGCCUGCAGCCCCCACGCAGCCCCCCUACAUGCAGGCACGUCCACUGCCACAGCAGGAGGUGUCACAAGAGUGCUAUGUCAAUAGGGCCCAAUCUGCUAUGACCCCUGGGAAGCCCAACCAUGAGGAGAUGGGCCUCAGCCAGCAGGACAGACCCUCCAGUCUACCUGACCUGUCUGGGUCUAUAGAUGACCUUCCCACGGGCACGGAGGUGGCUAUCAGCUCAGCGGUCAGUGCUUCGGGGUCCACCAGCAGCCAGGGCGAGCAGAGUAACCCGGCCCAGUCUCCCUUCUCACCCCACAUGUCCCCUCGCCUGCGUAGCGGCCCCUCCCCCUCCCCCGUGGGAUCACCCGUGGGAUCCAGCCAAUCGCGCUCCGGACCGAUCUCCCCCGCCAGCGUCCCAGGCACACAGAUGGCCCCACAGACCCCUGGGAACAUGUCUGAUGUGGGUUCCCAUUCCACCCUGAGCCAGUCCCCCAUGUCUCAGGAGAGAGGGUUCCCACCUACCAUGCAGCGGAACACCACAGUCCCCCAGCAGUCAGGUCAGGGACCCGCCAUGUCCCCUCACUCGUCCCCCGGUGGCUCCAUGCACCCCCAAAGCUCCUACCACCAGCAGCAGCUGCAGGGGGGCCCCUGCCCCUCGUACGGACCCCAGACCAGCCAGUACGGCCCCCAAGGUAACACAUCCUCCAUGCUGAUGAUAAUAUUCCUCCAAGGUAACACAUCCUCCAUGCUGAUAAUGAUAAUAUUCCUCCAAGGUAACACAUCCUCCAUGAUGAUAAUGAUAAUAUUCCUCCAAGGUAACACAUCCUCGAUGAUGAUGAUAAUAUUCCUCCAAGGUAACACAUCCUCCAUGCUGAUGAUGAUAAUAUUCCUCCAAGGUAACACAUCCUCCAUGAUGAUAAUGAUAAUAUUCCUCCAAGGUAACACAUCCUCCAUGAUGAUGAUGAUAAUAUUCCUCCAAGGUAACACAUCCUCCAUGAUGAUGAUGAUAAUAUUCCUCCAAGGUAACACAUCCUCCAUGAUGAUAAUGAUAAUAUUCCUCCAAGGUAACACAUCCUCCAUGAUGAUGAUGAUAAUAUUCCUCCAAGGUAACACAUCCUCCAUGCUGAUGAUGAUAAUAUUCCUCCAAGGUAACACAUCCUCCAUGAUGAUAAUGAUAAUAUUCCUCCAAGGUAACACAUCCUCCAUGAUGAUAAUGAUAAUAUUCCUCCAAGGUAACACAUCCUCCAUGAUGAUAAUGAUAAUAUUCCUCCAAGGUAACACAUCCUCCAUGAUGAUGAUGAUAAUAUUCCUCCAAGGUAACACAUCCUCCAUGAUGAUGAUGAUAAUAUUCCUCCAAGGUAACACAUCCUCCAUGAUGAUGAUGAUAAUAUUCCUCCAAGGUAACACAUCCUCCAUGAUGAUAAUGAUAAUAUUCCUCCAAGGUAACACAUCCUCCAUGCUGAUAAUGAUAAUAUUCCUCCAAUGUAACACAUCCUCCAUGCUGAUGAUGAUAAUAUUCCUCCAAGGUAACACAUCCUCCAUGCUGAUGAUGAUAAUAUUCCUCCAAGGUAACACAUCCUCCAUGAUGAUGAUGAUAAUAUUCCUCCAAUGUAACACAUCCUCCAUGCUGAUGAUGAUAAUAUUCCUCCAAGGUAACUACCCCAGACCCCCUAACUACGGCGGGACCCCCAGUGCCAACUACAGCGGUCCUGGCCCUGGCCCUGGCAUGAGCAACAGCCUGGGCAUGAAUGCCAAUAGCCCCAUGCACGGCCAGGGCCCUGGGCAGCCCUGUGGCUCCAUGCCCGCCGGGCGAGGCCUGGGCCCGGGGGCCAGUGGGCGACCCCACCUCGGUGCCAAUACCAACACCAUGGCCCCCACCUCUCCCAGCAUGCCGCAGCCUGCCGGACAGCGCCAGGGCAUGAGACCGCCCCUGCCCAGUGUUAACCAGGAGGCAGGUCUGGGUCCGGGAACCAACGCCAUGCAGGGGCCCAACGCUGGUCCCAACCCUUCUGCACAGGGCAGGCCUCCCUACGCGCGAUCCCCUGCCUACCCCGGCCUGAGUUGUCCUGGGACGUGCCCUCGCCUCUCUCCCCAUCACUCUCCCUCCCCUCACCCCCAUCACUCUAAUUCCCCCCGUCCCCCCCACCACACCCAGGUCAGCAGUGCUCAGAGCCACCCCAUGAUGCAGCAGGCUGACCAGUAUGGUCAGGGAAUGCCCCCCAUGCCUCACCAUCCAGGCAUGAGCCCCAGAGGGGUGGCCUCCAGCCCUGCUGGCCCCUACAGCCAGCAGCCAGGGGCCAACACCUCUGGGAGGAUGACCCCACAGGGGCCCCAACCUCCCUACAACGCACCCUCCGGGCCCAUGCUUAUGGGAGGAGAGGGGAUGGUGUGUCCCACUGACCCCAAACCGAGACCUCCAGAGCAGUACAGGGAGAGCAACACUCCUGGUCCUGCCGCCGAGCCCCCACCUAAACCCAAGAAGACCAGCCCGGCCACCAUGACCAGUGAGAAGAUUCGCAUCCUGUACGAGAUGGGCGUAGAGCCCGAGAGGCAGGUGUGGGUGGACCGUUACCUGGCCUUCAUGGAGGAGAGGGGCACGCCUGUACCUAUGCUGCCAGCCGUGGGCAGGAAGCCCCUGGAUCUGUGCCGCCUCUACCUGUGUGUUCGAGAAAUAGGAGGACUGGCCAUGGUGAACAAGAGCAAGAAGUGGAGGGAGCUGUCCACCCAUCUCAACGUGGGCACGUCCAGCAGCUCUGCCAGCUCUCUGAAGAAGCAGUACAUCCAGUACCUGUUUGCCUAUGAGUGCAGGGUGGAGCGGGGAGAGGAGCCCCCGCUGGAGAUCCCGGGGGAAACCAAGAAACAGGCUAAGAUCCAGCCACCCUCACCGGCCAACUCUGGCUCCCUGCAGGGUCCUCACACCCCCCAGUCUACAGGUAGCAGCUCCAUUACUGAGAUGUCAGAGGGCAUGAAGCUUCCCAUUCCUGCCACCACAACACACGUGACCCCCCAGCCAGGUAACAGGAACAGUGUUGGUAUCCGUGUCCAGGAUCCCUUCUCAGAGGUCAGUGACCCUGCCUUCCACAAGCGAGGGCCCAUGCCCUCUGGAGCUCAAUACCAGCAGGUUGGCGGUAGUGCAGACCCCUCCAUGAGGAUGCAGUAUGACGCCAACAAAGACCCCUAUGAAGGGCCCCGGAAGGGGCCAGGGGGCAGUGAGCCCUAUAGACCAGGUCAGAUGGCCAGCGGUGCCAUGCAGGACAUGUACCCCCGUGGUCCUCCCUCAGGAGCCAUGCCAGGGAUGGGUAUGGGCCCUGGCCCGCGGUCACAGUACCCCUACGGGCCUGGCUACGACAGGAGACCAGACCAUGUGAUGGGUUCGGAGGGGGGGGUGCCUCCCCCUGGGGGCCAGAACAACAUGGUACCUUCCAGCGGUGACCCAAGCAUGUACUCUGCCAACCGAUAUCCCCAUCAGCGGCCACAUGGACAUGAAGUUUAUGGGCAGCAGUACCCUCACGGCCCCAUGCCCUAUGGCUCUCACCAGUCUGGGAUGUACCCACAACAGGGCUAUAAGAGGCCAGUGGGACAAGAGGGGAUGUACGGUCCCCCUGCUAAGCGCCAUGAGGGUGAAGCCUACGACAUGCAGCAGUACGGAGGGCAGCAGCCAGACAUGCACCGCCUGUAUGGAGGGGGCUACAUGGGGCCGGAGCACAGGCCCAUGCAGGGCCAGUACCCUUACCCCUACAGCCGAGACCGCAUGGGAGCCAUCCAGGGGCCCCAACAACACGGCAUGAUGAGCGGAGGUCCUCCCUUCCCCUCCGGAGCCUCUCCAGAGGGCCCCCAGGCCAACAUGUGGCACCCCAGGACAGACAUGGGCUACCCCGGGCCCUACCCUGGCCGACAGGGCCAGGGGCCACCUUACCCUGCUAUGAGCCGGGGUCCGGGGGAUGACCCAGAGGGAAGGGCCCUCCAGGACGGCCAAUGGAUGUCCGGACACCCGGGCCAACGCCAGUCCCCAUACCCAUGCCCCUCUUCCUCCUCCAUGCCCCCCAUGGCUUCCCGACAGCCCCCCUCCUCCUACCAGUCUAACCCUGCCAUGGCCAACCACAUCGCUAGAGCCCCCAGCCCCUUCGCCCGGCCCAUGGGGGGACCCGGACCCCUUUCCCCCAACAAUGGGGGCCACUACAUGGCCUCUCUGAAGAAGGCAGGGAUGCCUGGGUCCAUGCCAGGCUCACACAGUGGGGGGAUGUCAGGGCAGGGCAUUCUACCUCUCCACAGAGAUAUCAGCUUCCCCAUGGGGUCUGUGGAGGCCACCCUGCCCAAACUCAAGGUCCGACGCAGACUUACUUCCAAGGAGACCGGAACCCCAGAGGCGUGGCGUGUGAUGAUGUCUCUGAAGUCAGGUCUGCUGGCUGAGAGCACAUGGGCGCUGGACACCAUCAACAUCCUGCUGUAUGACGACACCACUGUGUCCUCCUUCACCCUGUCACAGCUGCCUGGCUUCCUGGAGCUGAUAGUGGAGUACUUCCGCCGGAGUCUGAUCUCCAUCUUUGGGAUCCUGGAUGAGUACGAGGUGGGCACCGAGGGCCAGAAGAUGCUGCUCGGACCAAUCACAGACCAGGAAGAGGGGCUUACCGUUGCAGAGCUUGACAGCCAGUUAGACGAAGAGCAGAGAGACAGUGGGCCAGAGAAGACCACAGCCAACAGCAACACAGAGGAGGCGGUCCCAGAGGAGAAGGAAGAGCCUGUGGAGGUGACUUUGAAAGAGAAGGUAGAGGGGGAGGAAAAGGAGGGGGCCGCCACCGAGCAGUCCCAGCCCCCAGAGCCCAGGCCCAAACAGGCCAGUAAGUACGACAAGCUGCCUGUGAAGGUGGAGGAGGACCAGGUGGAGGAGGACCAGGAGCUCAGUCUGUCCAGGGGGUUCACCUCUGGCCUGCUGCACUGGAAGGCUGGAGGAGGGGACUCCACUGCCCACAUCCAGACACACUUUGAGAUACGUGGCGAGGAGACCAACAGUAAGCCUACAGAGAGGAAAGAGAGGGAGGAUAAGACAGAAAUGACAGAGGAGGAGAGGAAGGCUGUUGUAGAGAAGAGCAUGACUGAGACAGCCACUAUGGGCGAUAUGCUGAGUGCCUGGCCAGGCUCUCUGUCAGAGAGGAACGGUCUUCCCGGGACGCAGACCCAGAGCCCUAUCUUCACCCUGCUGGAGGACGAACCUCGCUGCUGGGACGAGGCGCCCCUCUCCACAGCCGAACCCUGGCAGGACGCCCUGGCCCGCCGCUGCGUUUGCAUCUCCAACAUUGUCCGCGGCCUCUCCUUCAUCCCGGGGAAUGACAACGACAUGUCCUGCCACCCUGGCCUGGUGCUGAUCCUGGGGCGGCUGGUCCUGCUGCACCACCUGCACCCCCAGAGGAGGAGGAUGCCUCCCAGCUACCAGAGAGAGGAGGAGCAGGGCCGGGCCUGCAGUAAAGACCAGUGGUGGUGGGACUGUUUGUCAGCCCUCAGGGAGAACACUCUGGUCACCCUGGCUAACAUCUCAGGUCAACUAGACCUGUCCCUCUACCCAGAGAGCAUCUGUCUGCCCAUCCUGGACGGGCUCCUCCACUGGAUGGUGUGUCCCUCUGCCGAGGCCCAGGACCCCUUCACCACGGCGAGCUGCUCCUCCUCCCUCACCCCCCAGAGACUGGUGCUGGAGUGCCUGUGCAAGCUGAGCAUCCAGGACAACAACGUGGACCUCCUGCUGGCCACGCCGCCGUUCAGCCGCCAGGAGAAGCUCUACGCCACCCUGGUGCACCACGUGGGUGAGCGGAAGUCCCAGGUGUGCCGGGAGAUGGCAGUGGCUGUGCUCUCUAACCUGGCGCAGGGGGACCCGACCGCGGCGCGCGCCAUCGCACUGCAGAAGGGCAGCGUGGGGAUACUCAUCGGCUUCCUGGAGGACUGCGUGGCCAUGUGCCAGCACCAGCAGGGACCCCACAGCCUGUUACACCCAGCAGCACACCCCCAACCCCCCAGCGUUAACAUGAUGUGCAGGGCCGCCAAGGCUCUGCUGGCCAUGGCCAAGGAGCACCGGACAGAGUUGGUUCUCUAUGAGAGCAGGCUACUGGAUAUCUCCCUGUCCUCUGUGCUGAGCUCAGCCGUGGCGGCCAUCAUGUGUGAAGUACUGUUUAAGAUUGGACGCUCCUCGUGACAGCCACAGGCAAAGAAACAGAGGGGGGUUGGUCUGACUACCAGGCUACAGUGAACACAAACACAUUGGUGUGGGUGGUAUUAUAUUUUUAUUUAAAUAAGACACUUUUUUUUUUUUUUUUUUUUUUUUUACAAAUAAAAAUAUAUAUAGCUCCUCUGCCCAAAUCACAACCUUUAUUUGGAAUUUUUUAAUAAUUUUAAUAAAAUAUUUAAUACUUGGUAUUUUUUUAAAAGUAUAUUUUUAUUUGUCGCUUUGUUUUUGUUUUAACCAAAGUUGGCACCCAAUGGAAGGUAACAUACUUUAGUUUUGGGGUCUUGUGCUUACAUUUUAUUUGUAUUUUUUUUGUAUGUGGCUGUUUGUCUGUAUGGGAUCUUUUUUUUGCAGGGGGAAGCAGACUUAUUUAAAUUGUGAAUCAUGUUGUAGAUAGACCUCUAUCGUGUAUUAAGGUCAAGAAAAAACCACUGACUUUACUCUGAAUAUAUACAUCAUAUAUCCUGUUCUGGGGGGGUGCCCUAUUGUGCAAUAGGAUUUAGUAGGCUUGUUGGGGGGGGUUAACAAAUGUGAAUGACUUUCGACCACAGGCAACUGACCACAAGUAUUGCAUCAUAAUAUUAUUACCAUACCAGUAUAACAGGGACGAAACAAGACACCCUGUUCAACUGACUUACUGGUAACCAUAGCAACACAGUACUUCCAUCAGUCCUUAUCUCCUUUUCUAUCUAUAAGCCCAUUUGUAUAUAGAAGAUGUACAUUGACAGCCCUAUUUGGUAUCUUCGCCAAGAGAUGCGGUAUAGAUAAGUGAUGGUAGUUGAUAAUUAUAAUGACCUUUAGAAUUAUUAUUACUGCUCAUUUGAAUACUGGAUAUUUAGUUACUCAAUUCAAAUGAGGUUAGUCAUUUUAUGUAUUUAAAAAUAUAUAUAUAUAUAUAUAUAUAUAUUCUGACUGGGACAGGUCUAAGGACAUAUAGGGAUGAGACCCCUCUAGUUUUGGUUCUGAAAAGACAAGCGUAUUUAGAUUGUACAGACAGCUAGCAGACCAUGAUGGGCAGAACUGUAUUCCAGAAUAACAAUGUUGUCUAACAUGCCUGAUUGACAGUUAAGUGUUGUUGUUUUUUACUCUACAUAUAGGGUACUUCUCCCCCUUUCAUUUGAUCAAUUUUACAUUGUUUAUUCAGUAUAAAAUCUUUAUUCUAUGUUCCACAUGUUAAGAAUAAACGUACAUGGAUUUUG